UGGCGUGAGUGGGCGGAGCCAGAGCGUCCUAUAAAGCCUGUCGGCGAAGCACGUGACUCCUCUCCGCCCGACAGCCGCCGCCGCGCCGCCAUCAUGGACACGAGUCGUGUGCAGCCCAUCAAAUUGGCCAGGGUCACCAAAGUGCUGGGCAGGACUGGCUCUCAGGGACAGUGUACGCAGGUGCGCGUGGAAUUUAUGGACGACACCAGCCGCUCCAUUAUCCGUAACGUGAAAGGCCCAGUGCGCGAGGGCGACGUGCUCACUCUCUUAGAGUCCGAAAGAGAAGCUCGGAGGCUGCGCUGAGUUUUGUGCCGGGUCCUGGAUGUCUGGGAUGACAGUUUGGCCCAAGGGGAUGAUCUGCAAAGUUAAACAAAGUGUAUUGUAUGUAAAUUGUGA